AUGGUUGUCCACAUUAGUAUGUAUAAAUAUGCUGUUCAGUUAUUUAUCGAUCACUUAAUCAAACUAAAGAAGUUAUGUAGAUUUGUUAUUUUGUUUUGGCAGGCCGAGGAUUUCUUGCUAGCGCAGUCGUUAUGCAGAUUAGCUUUUACAAAUGAAACUGACGAAGAGGAAGUGUUGAAAGUGUUCAUUAAUGCAACUGCCGUCGAUUCAGUUUGUGUUGGAUAUCUGUUAAAUAAUAUUGAAUUGAUCAAACGAUGUAUGGAUUAUUGUCAAGUAAAUAAUGAACAUCAUUCGACAAAUGCAGCAAAACUUUUAUCUAACUUAUCGUUACAUCUUCCAGAAAAGGUUGUCAUCAUUUCUUUUUUCAGCGGCGAUGCAUUUUAUAUAAUGUCAAUGAGUUGUGUUGUCAGGUUAUCAGUUAAGAGCGGAAGGUUGAAGCAUUUUGCUUACAUAGCAAACACGGAAACAUCAAACGAGCUACCACCAAAAGACCAGCAAAGCCGAUUAUUUUCUUUAGAAUGUUCUCAUUUUCCUGAUAGCAUCCAUCAUCGCGCUUUAACACUUUUCGUUUGUUCAUUGCAGAAGUAUAAUUUUUUAGUUGUUUACUUUCGCAAUGAAAAAAGCAGAAAGUGUUUGUAAUU